CUUUGGAAGUACGACAAAAAGAAAAUACUCGAAAAGAAAUAUCCUGGAGUUGGAGCCACAGAGUCAUUUGAAUCACUGUUUUUCCAUUUUAGUGACCACCCAAACCCAAAGCAAAUCUAAUCUCUCGAAAACCAAAAAAAAAAAAAAAAGAAAAACUUGGGAAAAGGCAAUGACUUGGCUGUUUUUCUUAAUGCAAUAAAAAAACGUUUUUUCGGUCCCUCCUUUGUGCGUAUUCUUAAACCCCCCACCCUCGCAACGCUUUCGGGUUUUUUGGCGGCUAUCACUUCUCCACGCCCUCCCUUUUUUCUCUUCCCUAGCUUUCCUACUCUUUCCAACUCUAGGGUUUUUCUUUUCUUUCUUCUUCUCCUUGUUUCUCUCUCUACUCCUCACUUUCUCUUUCUAAAUCUACGCCUUUGAUCUUUGAUCAUGGCCACCUCUGAUCGUAUCCUUGCCAACUUUUCUCCUCUGGAUGUUGCAGAUUCACUGGAGAACUUGUCUCUGGAUUCACAAGCCAAGAGCACAAAAGUUCCAGAGCCUGUCAAGAAGGAUUUUUAUGGUGAUAAUGGCUCUUACAUGUACCAGCAAACUUAUGGUUAUAUGCCAUAUGGGGCAUAUUCUGUGCCCAGUUCACCUCUUCCUGCUAUGGGACAUGAUGGUCAGCUGCAUGCGCUGCAAGAAUACCAUUAUCCAAGCCCUUAUUACCAACCACCUCCGCAAAAUAGUCAAGCUAAUGUUUCUCAGGUAGAGGUUUCAACUUCUGGUGCAGGUGAUCAAGCUUCCUUAUCCAUUGAAACAAAUAAAGGAAAUUCAAGCAAUAUAGCAAGUGUUGGGGGUUUGAGUGGUAAUAAUGGGUCAGGGACAUUGAAAUCAACUUUCAAAAACUCCUCCCUAAAUCCAAAUGCUUCCUACAAAAGAGGAGGCCUGCCAACAGGUAAUCUAUCCCAAGGUUAUCAGGAUCCAAGAUUUAGCUAUGAUGGGUUUCAGUCAACAAGUCCUUGGUUAGAUAUGUCGAUGUCUUCUAAUGGGCAAUCCAAACAUGCUGCAAAUAGUGGGUUCUCUUCAUAUACAAACAACCUUUCAUCUGGCAGGAACCAGAACCUUCAUCCCUUCCCUCAUGUCGUGAAUUUGCACAGUGCAAGACCAUCAUCUGGUGUAGCCCAAGCAUUUGGAUACAUGAACCACAUGUACCCAAGCAACAUGACAUUCGGUCAUUAUGGAAACACUGUCAGAGGUGGCUCUGGUUUUGGAUCAUAUGGCUAUGAUGCCUGGAAGAAAGGAGUAGGGUGGUAUACUGUUGGUAACAACAACAAAUCUAGGGGUCGUGGAUAUGGAAAAGAGAAUGUCGAUGGUUUAAGUGAGCUGAACAAAGGACCUAGAGUAAAAGGGUAUAAGAAUCAGGAUGAUCUUGGACCUGAAACACUAGCUGUCAAAGAUCAGAACCUUCUACUGACCAAGAGCAAUAAGGAGAACAGUGUUUCUCUUGUUCCAGAUGUCGAGCAGUAUAAUAAAGAAGAUUUUCCUGAGAGUUAUUCAGAUGCAAAGUUUUUUGUCAUUAAAUCCUACAGUGAGGAUGACGUCCACAAAAGUAUCAAAUACAAUGUGUGGGCCAGUACAUCUACUGGCAACAAGAAACUUGAUUCUGCAUUCCAUGAGGCCAAGGAGAAGCCUGAUGGCUGUCCUGUAUUUCUAAUGUUCUCGGUUAAUACCAGUGGACAAUUUGUUGGAUUAGCAGAAAUGGUGGGCCCAGUUGAUUUUAACAAAACUGUAGAAUACUGGCAACAAGAUAAGUGGACUGGUUGCUUCCCUGUGAAGUGGCAUAUCAUCAAGGAUGUGCCAAACACUUCAUUGAGGCACAUAACACUUGAGAACAAUGAGAACAAGCCUGUCACUAAUAGUAGGGACACCCAGGAGGUUAUUUUUGAGCAGGGGAUUCAAAUUCUCAAAAUCUUUAAGGAUCAUUCCAGUAAGACAUGCAUUCUUGAUGAUUUCGAAUUUUACGAGGAUCGACAAAAGAUAAUCCAGGAGAAAAAGGCUAAGCAUCAGCUGUUACAAAAACAGGUUUCGAGUGGGGAGCCUAAUGAUGAUGUUGCAACUGGUAACAAAGAAAAUACAGCAAUAGCAAAGGAGACUUUGGAAAAAUCUGUAGAGGCAGCCUUGAUAGAAGAACCAACAAUUGCAUCAACAGCAGAGAUAUCGAAGGCGAAUGGAGAUGUGAAACCUGUAGAAGAGAAUGGAUCAGUUGCUCCAACCGAAGAUGACCCCUCGAAAUCAGUUUCCAUCGCAAGUGCAUGCUAAUUGGCUUCUUAGAUUUAGAAUAGGAUUGUAGUUUUGGUUGGUUAUUAACAAGCUAGCUAAUCCACAUCAGCUAUUUUGAGUCUCUUUUAUUAGCUGGGAAGGAAGUAGCAGAAGGCAGCAGCUUUCAGCCUUUCCUUGUAGCAAUUAGUAGCAUGGUGAGACAGAAUAUGACUGCUCAAAAGCCUGAGAUUUUCAUCUUCUUGUCAUUUUCAUCUAUUUUUCUUUGUUUUUCUUAAUGAGAAAGAGCUGAGGAGAAAAAAAAAAAAAAAGCCCAAGCAGAAGCAAGUUACUCCUUUUUGCAUCUUGCAUUUGAUCAAGACAUGGCUUUUGUUUUACCUGCAUUUCCAAUAUAGAUGGAAGUAAAAGAGCAGUAUUGGAGACAUUGUGCUUUACUUGUUCUCUAUCUUGCAUUAUGGGAUGUUGUAAAUUCCUCAAACUUUUACAAAUACUAAUAAUCUUUAAAUU